AUGCCUUAACCUAAGACUUAAUGGCACACCCCACACAACUAGGAUUCCAAGACGCGGCAUCACCCGUUAUAGAAGAACUUCUUCACUUCCAUGACCACGCCCUAAUAAUUGUAUUUUUAAUUAGCACAAUAGUACUCUAUAUUAUUGUUGCAAUGGUUUCAACUAAGCUUACCAAUAAAUAUAUUUUAGAUUCCCAAGAAAUCGAAAUUGUAUGAACAGUAUUGCCAGCGGUAAUUCUAGUUUUGAUUGCUCUCCCCUCCCUUCGAAUUCUGUACCUUAUAGAUGAAAUUAACGAUCCCCACUUAACAAUUAAAGCCAUAGGACAUCAAUGAUAUUGAAGCUAUGAAUAUACAGACUACGAAGACCUAGGAUUUGAUUCAUAUAUAGUUCCGACUCAAGACCUCACCCCAGGGCAAUUUCGACUCCUAGAAACAGAUCACCGAAUAGUAGUCCCAAUAGAGUCACCAAUUCGUGUUCUAGUGUCCGCAGAAGACGUAUUACACUCAUGAGCCAUCCCAUCUCUUGGUGUAAAAAUAGACGCGGUGCCUGGGCGAUUAAACCAAACUGCCUUUAUCGCUUCGCGCCCCGGUGUAUUUUAUGGACAAUGCUCUGAAAUCUGUGGCGCUAACCACAGCUUUAUGCCUAUUGUGGUUGAAGCCGUACCGCUAGAACAUUUCGAAAGCUGAUCCUCCUUAAUACUAGAAGACGCCUCACUAGAAAGCUAAUUAUUGGACAAAGCGUUGGCCUUUUAAGCCAAAGUUUGGUGACUACCGACCACCUCUAGUGAAAUGCCCCAACUCAACCCCAAUCCCUGAUUCGCGAUCCUAGUAUUCUCAUGAAUCAUUUUCCUCACUAUUAUUCCAACCAAGGUCUUAAACCAUACAGCACCUAAUGAGCCGGCCCCAAUAAGUGAAGAAAAACAUAAAACUGAAUCCUGAAACUGACCAUGAUAGUAAGCUUUUUUGAUCAAUUUGCAAGCCCAUCUUUCCUGGGAAUUC